AUGGGAAAAGACGAUCGAUCCAAGGACAGGAAGCAGCAUUUACUUCCCUUUUUGAAGCAAACGAGAUCGAAGAAAUCUUUGAACAUAUCACAGGUAAGCUUUUAAAAUUAAUAAGCAGCAGCUCAUGCACUGUGAACGAAGGAAAUUCUGUUGGUUUGAAAUCGCUUCUUGCAUACUAGUACAGUCAUUAAAAUCGUGGGAGAAUUAUUGAUCAUUGUAGACGACCAUACUCCACCAAAAUUAUUGUUUAAUUGAGUUGAUGUUUUUUGACAUCGCGUUUGAAAGACUGGCGGAAAUAAAAGGUCAAUAAUAAAACGCUUAUCAUUUUUAUGUACAGUGUACGCUUAGUUUUGUUAAAUAAGUUGAAUUGUAAAUCGGCAAAACAUUUCCAUGUAUUUUUUUGCUGCAAACGUGAAAGUUUAUCGUCUUGGUUUGACUUAUGAAUGAACCAAUAUUAAACCGUACUUUAUAACUCAUUAAUUUCCACUUAAUAUUAACUUUGUUUGUUUGCCUGUAUCCCUGCUAUUAUGAAUAACAGAAAAAGUAAUAUCAUUAGUUUUCAUGUAACUCUUUGUGCUCACUGGAUGUCCUGUUUCUCACAUUUGCAUGGUUUAACUGACACAGUACAAAUCACCAGCCUGGCUGCAGAUCCAGGGGGUUGUUCACAAAACAUACAUGAAGAAAUAAGCACGGCCGGCUGACAUUAAGAUUUUCCCCCGGCUGCUAAGAAUGUGGGCCCUGGAUACUUUUCAUAGGAAAAUAGAAGAAAAAUUGAACCAAACGAAAUCAAUCUAAAGCUGUUUGAUUCCCCGCCUUCUUGUCGUAUUUAUCCGGCAAUUUGAAAUCUAUUAGUGACAACCCUGAAUAAGGCAUGCUUUGACAAGCUGGGCCUUCAAUAAGCCCCUAAACUCUCUUGGUCUUAGGCAGUUAUUGAUUUUCACUUUAACACUUACAAGAAUUGCCUUAAACUUCCACCUACUUCAAAAGUUAUUGAAACUUCUUCUUCACAGCUUAAAUUGGUCUUUACUCCAGGGGUGAAGAAAGUGGGGCCAAGGGGAGAGACUACAAUCAGAAACAAAAGUAGUCGACACAGUUGUCUGAAACGGGUGCUUUUAUCAACAAUUUCAUUCACUUAUUAUUUUAUUCUAUUUAAUAUGCCAUACAUCUCCACACCCCCCGAUCAAUGUUGUUUGUAGUAAAAGAAAGACUUGAGGGUCUAAAAUACAACAUUGGUUUUGGGGCGAGGGGGUAGGUAUGUUCAAAAAAAAGGUCCAUUUUAUGGAAGUGUCUCAACACUUUUUUCCCUCAUUGUAGUGUUCCGACAAGCAACAUAAGCUUGAACUAGUGGCUUAGGACUAGAUGAAAGGGCAACAAACGACAGAAUGUUGGGUUAAAUAUUGACAGGACAUGGCCUUAUUCUCCUCCCCUCAAAUUGCGAAACAACAAUAUUUAAAUUCAGACUAGGGACAUAUGACCCCCCCCACCCCCUCCCUAAGAGGACCUCAUAUAUGGCCUACAUAGGUUGGGGCUGUUGUAGAGGUUUUGAUUUCUGUGGGAGUUUUGUCUGGGAUGGAGUGAUUAGAAACCAUUGGUGAGUAUGAGUUUAUGGUUCAUGUUAAGUCAGGGAUUUGGUAGCUGUGAUCAAUGUUUGGUGCAUAGUUUAGAAUGGGGCUGCAAAGGGUAGCUGAUGAUGUUCCUGUGUUUAGACUUAUAAGUGUUUUAGGAUCCAAGCUUCUCACCCCCUCCCCCCCCAAAAGAGCAAUAACAACAUUAAAUCUAUGCUACAUUGUUUAAAACAAAUAACAGUGGCAAAGUUACAAACACUGUAAUUUUGCAAUAGAUAUAUUUGCCUCUUUUUCUGUGUCAUGGACCCCCUCUCGCCCCUACGGGGAAUUAUUAAUUAAAAGUUAAAUUAACAAAAGAUGCUUCUCAUAGGUUCCACUUCCCCUUUCCCAGGAAGUAUGAGUCCCAAUGCUGUAAAAAAAAAUAGCAAAGAGUUUGCAUUUUAAAAUUAUGCAAUAUUUAGCCCUUGGGCUCUAAGGUGAUUUUUAAAAGAUACGUCCCUAUGUACCUUGAAUUUGUAAUAAAAAAGUGUUGUUUUUGAUCCACUAAUCCUUGUUUGUUUAAAACAAAUUCCUCUUUUGUUCAAUAAUUUAUUAGUCCAGUAAUAGUUAUUGUUUAAAGCCCUUAAUUAGUAACCCAGAGCAUCUCAUUUCUCUCUGUCAAAUGUCAAAUGGAUUUUAAUAUAAUAAUAUUAUUACUAGUUGAAGUAAAAAAUUGCACUACUUGAUUUUUAUACCUUAUCACCCACUACAAAGACAAGUAAAUUUCUUGAUAUUGAAGCUCAUACCUUUUGUGUAAUGGAAACAUAUGUCCUGUAUUUAGCAUCCUUUAACUUAAAGCGCCUUUAUAAUAAUAAUCUCCCCCAACUGAGGUGUUAAAAACUGCAUCUAUACCCCUGCUACUGUUUUUAAAAUUCCCAAUUAUUUAUUAUAAUGAUGAAAUUAUUACAGUAAAAGCCCACUUAAUGGACACCUGCUUGAUACGAACACCUCAUUAUUACAGACAGUUUUUUGUGUCCCUGGGAAAAGCAAGCCCUUACAUUUUCUCUGUAGCCCACUCAGUGUUCGACGUAUAUUUAACCCUUUAAACCCCAAUAUCCACAUACAAAUUCUCCAAACUGAUCUCUGUACAUUUCCUUAAAGAAUGAGUUGAGAGAAUUUGAUAAAAGAUCAAGGCAUUUUCUCUUUGGUGAUCAUUUUAUUAGUUCUCGUAACCUAAUCUCUUGACAAUGUAUGGAUAUCGUUAGGAGAAAAUUGAUGUUGGUCACCAUUGGGACUUCAAGGGUUAACAGGGUUUGACUGUAUCAAAAGAAAAUACAAUGACUCAAUCCAAAAGACCAGCAUUUUAUGGUUUUAUUUCCUUGCUUAUUGUUAUAGGUAUUAUUUUAACAGGAUUAUGGGUUUGUUAAUAAAUAGAGGAUAUUACAUGGCCGCAUGGAGAUACGAAAUUUCUCUUCGAGUGUUGAAAAAUAUUUCACGAGUGAGCGCAGCGAACAAGUGAAAUAUUUUUUCAACACGAGAAGAGAAAUUUCGUAUCUCCAAGCGGCCAUGUAAUGUUCUAUUAUAUAAACACAAAUGAACUACUAAACCAUUUCACUUUAAUAGUUUUUAGGUGUGAAAGGAGCAAUUUAUUAUGUAGUCAUAGCAACAGUGAUAUUUUCACAUGUGAAGAUAAUGUGUUAUUUUCACAUGUAAAGACUGAUAUCAAGUUUUCGUGCAAAAGAUCAUCUGGUAUUUCAUUGGUGUUAAUAUAAUAAAUAUUUAUCUUACAUUGUAUAAGGGAAGGAAGUGCAAUGAUUCUGUUUGUGUUAAGUAGACAUUGCGUUUGACGUAAGAAGGACAGUAACUGCAGAUAAUAUAUCAUAAAUUUGGAUUUAUUGGAUGUGUCAUCUAAAAAUAAUGACCUCAGUUGGUGGUCAUUUUAUAUAGGAAUAUUUUAAUACAAAUAAUUUCAAACCUAUCUGGUAAGAAUUUAAUAAAAAUAAAUGCUAUCACUUUUAUAGAUAUUCUACGUAGUUUAAGAAGGAUUAGGAAUAUUUUAAUACAAAUAAUUUUAAAACUAUCUGGUAAGAAUUUAAUAAAAAUAAAUGCUAUCACUUUUAUAGAUAUUCUACGUAGUUUAAGAAGGAUUAGGAAUAUUUUAAUACAAAUAAUUUUAAAACUAUCUGGUAAGAAUUUAAUAAAAAUAAAUGCUAUAUCACUUUUAUAGAUAUUCUGUGUAGUUUAAGAAUGACUACCACUUAUUAAUCAUAUGAAGUCAUUGUCAGUGACGGUUCAAUAUUUCAAGACAGACUGAAAUUCUUGAGUGAUGACCAGUGUCUUUGACUGCUUUGCACCAAGUUUGAAUAAGUAACUUUAAAAAGCUUGUUAUUUUUAAAGUAAAACACAUAAAUUUCAAAAUCUCAUUUGGUUUACUUUUUAAAAGUAUCAUUUUUUACUGCUACAAAUGUAUAUUAGGUGCAGGAAAUGGAGAUGAAUAAUUUUGUCACUCAUUUCUCUUGUCUUAAUUUAAAUAAAUUUAUUGAAAGACAGAUGCACAACUGCUAGUGAAAUUUCCAUAUUGAAUUCAUCAAUUUUUUAUGACCUGGGCUUAGAAUUUCUGAAUACUCAAAAUAUAGCUGUAACCUUGGCCAUCAGUUUUUGGUAACUCUACAUCAACAUUCACAGUUUGGAAAAUAAUUUGUGGAUAAAAAUCCUUGGAUCCAUCAUGGGAUCUGCUGUGAUGCCCAAGCACAAAAAACAUCACAAUUCACCAUCAGACGAGUGCACUAAAACAGUAUGUUAUUGCGUUUUAUUUUUUUGUCAAUAAUUUUUAAUGGUGCUUCAUCAAACUUCUUUCAUGGAAGUGGAAUCAGCACACAGCAAUAGCUUUCAUUAUUCAUUGUGGUCAUGUAUAUUUUACUGUUGAGAGUAGUACAUCUUAGAAGUACAUGUUCAAGUACAGUGUAUAAUAUUAUUACUGUAUACAAUGUACAUUGUGUCUGAGCAGUAUGUAGACUCAUAAACAAAAACCACCUCAAAAUAUAUGUAUAUUUUUUUAUAAAAUUCUUCCAAUUUGUACUUAUGCGCACAAUUCUCCACAGAAUUCAUGUCCUCAAUUCUCAAUUUACUUUUAAGAAUUUUAUGUGCAUUAAAGUGCCCGACAGGAAAAUAUAUCUGACUUGCUUUUUUAAGUCUGCACAGCUUGAGUUCGUCACAUUUGACAUCACUCUUUGGCAGGGAUAAAUAUCAUCCUCAGAUUGAGGACCUUCAUAUUCAUAUCCACUAUUUUAUGACUGUGAAUUGUAUAGUACCUCCUGCUUCAAAUCCUCCAAAGUUUGCCUUGUGCGCUUCUUGAUCAGACUAUUUAUGACACACUCACCACUCAAACUUUCCAGGAGAACCCCAAAUCCCUGGGGAACCACAUAACCCUCUGUGUCUCUACCCUUCAAUCAACAGUACUGCGUCCCAUCAUGACAGGCAGUUCUGAUGUGACUUGUUUUUAUUUGUGGUUUUCAGAGCCCUGAUCAAGGGAACCAUCGCGGAGGAAAUUCUCACUCAAACAGCACCUUCAGCAGUGGCUAUUUGAGGUACUCUAUACUUGUCAGUUGGUCUAAAACUUAGCAAAAUACUUAAGUAAGUAGAAGCCGAACACUCUCUGGGGUUUUGAAAAAAAUCAUAGCCUGGACAGAUAUUCACUGUGGCUUGUCAGAUAGGCUUUGUUGGAUGAACAUUCGUUUAUUGUUUACGACUCCCCCAAUCCAUCGCUAUCAAGAGAGAAUGAGCUUAUUCUUGGUCGCUAUUGAAAACUAGUAUUUUUCACCACAUUCAGUAGUGAGGUCCUUAAUUGCUUUUAAGCAAUAAUUGAAAGUGUAGUAGGGUAAAAAGGAAUUUUUUUUCUUCACAGCAAGAAUGAGCUUAUUUUAAAGUACACGGAAGGGAAGCCACUGGUACGAGGCCAACAGGUAUGCUACUUUUUGUAUAAUUUUUAUCUUAAUUAGCUUUCCGCGCCUUCCCCCGUCGCACGUGUUUCGCGCUCCACGCCCGUCUUGCGCUUGCCUUCCCUGGAGUAAAAAACGCGAAAAAAACAAAACGAUUGUUCUGCAGUGUAAAGCCUGCCGUGUGACUGACACUCAGUAAAGUUUGGGGACAAUUUAAUCUUGCUGAUGGACAAUUUGGGGAGAAACUAAUUUUUGCGACCUGUAAUGACUGGUUUUUGUUUAUACGGAACCCAAUAAUGAUAAUGAUAUUGAUAGUAACAGUGAUAGUUAUAGAGAUGGAAGUGCAAAAACUUUUAGAGACUUUUAGCCUGCAUAGAAUGUAGCAAGAGUUUUGGAGAGGAGCGGUUUCGCAGCAAAGAACAAGGGACGAGAGUCAAAGACACAUUCCAUUUUUCUCGCGGCCAAAUUAAAAAAAAUCCCGCUCCUCGUCGUUCCUCUGUCUUUCUUUGCUCCGAAACCACACGGAAACGCUUGUUACGCAGCCUAAGAGACUUUGUAAGAUAUGUUUUCUCGUGCAUGCAUUUCUUCGUUGCCCAUCAAGCCAGACCUUACACUUGUAUCUAGCGAGAUCGGGAGCGAUCAGCACGAGUCGACGUUCUUAUCAGAUCCGUCAUUCAGUGCCAGUAUGCUUCAUUGAGUGCAUUUGGAAACUAUCCAGAGGCGAGGCAUUUGCAGUCUUAAUUUGUCCCCUCCCACCACGGGGCAUUUGGCAGCUUACGUGGCCUCUCCCCUGGGCAUUUGCCUUCCAAGGCUCAAAAAGGGGAAGGGGAAGGGGAGAGGGAGAAAAGUGCGAAAGGGAAAAGGGACCCUCUCUCCCCAAUUCCUCCCAUAAAAAAACUCUGACAAACAAGUUACAAAGCUUAAAGUCAGUGUUGUAUGUUCUCAUACUCUUAGGCUACUGUUAGGCUACGUUGACACGGCACCGGACGAAUUUUCGAGCGGCUGAAACCUUUGACCGGUCACUUCGUUCACACAGGAUCCUUCCAUAUUUUGUGCUUUGUUCAAACUGAACUUUGAACGGCUAUAGAGCCGUCUAAAUAUUCCAUACGGUUGGGGUGAUUCCGUGUGAACUUAACACCAAAAGGCACGAAUUUUCAACCGCUCGAAAAUUCGUCCGGUGCCGCGGGUGUGAACGUAACCUUACUGGAUUACUUUUUAGCGUUUGCACUGUUUCCGUUUUUGGUAUUGCUAAUGAGUCUCCCUGUUUUGUUCAAACUUAGUAAAUCUUUCUGUUGUUGUUGUUUUUACUUUGCAGCGAAUGACCAGUAUCCUUCCUGGAACACUGCCGCAGCUUGGCCCUGAUAGACAUCAUGGACAGGUAAACUGAGCAAACAUCUAAUGAUCUUUUUAUGCUACUCCCUGUUCAGCUUCGUAUCCACUCGAGUGAGUGGAGGAGGCUUGGAAUUGAGGGGUGAUUUCACGUCCGAACUCGCAAGGAACUCGCGGAGCGAGGCUACUCUUGCCGUGUUCACACAUGGGGAGAAGAAAAAGAUAAUGAUGAUAAUUAUGGUGAUGGUGUUGAAGUUAUGCUACUUUAGCUAAGGUUGUCUAGCUACACUUAACCUUUUUGGGGCAGCUUAGAAAAUUACAGGCCUCUGGGUUCCUUCCUUAGACAAAAAGAAUUUAAUGUACUUCGUCGUACUCUAUUUAUGCCCUAGCUAUUGUCAGUUUUUGUUUUUAAAAGUCUUAAGCUUUGCUAACUUUUAAUUUAGAGGUUGUAAUUAACGAAAAGAUGUAAAUUUAAGAGAGUAAUUCGCCUUUUAAACAAUAGCAGUAACCAUAUGAUGUCAGAAAAAACAUGGCGUCGCUUAGAAAGCUCGGGGUCAAAAUUACCCGAUACUGAACUCAUAAAGAAGAAAGAAAUGUUUUUCUUGCCAGCUGAGCUUAUGAAAGAGGCAAGAAAUGAAGUUCUCUCACUCUGAAUGGAAACUGGGCACGAGGCACGAGUACAAUUUAGGGUAUCAGUUUUCACGCGCAUGAAAUGAUUCAGGUUUUGUUUCUUGCCAAACCGUGCAACGGCUUUUUCCCACCCACCAGCCCUUUGCUAGUUCAAAACAAAAAAAAAAAGAAAGGAAGAAAGAAAGAAAAGUGUGAGUUCGUUCGACAGCAGUAUAUCAGGUUCAGGAAGAUUUUUUUUAUUUUUUCCUUUUCUUGUUGUAAAAUUUUUGUGAUGGUUGUGAUUAAAGUGCUGUUGCAUUGUCGUGUUGCAGACAAAUGGCAUUCAGUGUGUGAAAAAAAGUAUGCAUGCGUUAUACUUUACUUCCAACAAUUUUACGCAACGAGUCACAAUUUCACGUAACAGUGUGUUUAAAGUGUAAAUCUUUUAAGAGCCAUAGUGUUAAGUACCAUGAUAUCAAUUUAAUACGGUUUGUCUUUUGUAUUUCACAGGGUGAUGACCACAGUCUUAAAGAGGGAAAGGUAUAUUUGCAAGUUUUAAAUACUCAUAAAUUACGGAUAUGUCUGCCCAACUCCUCUUUUCGAGCGCGAACCUUUUUGAAAUCUUUCGUGCCUCGGAAGAGAGCACUUUAGAGUAUGUUCACACGUCUGUUGCCUUUAUAACAUACAAUUUACCGUAAAGUAACGCUUAUAAGCUCUGGGCUUAUACAUCUUCGCAAGGAGUUUUAAUUAAAGCACUCACAUAGCCGAGGGGGGCUUUUGACCGAAAUAGAAAAAGAAGUUCGAAACAAGCAGUUCUUGGUUUGCAACCACGUGAGAAGGCGGCCAUGUUGGGGAUCAAAACAGUAAAAUUUUUUUCGCGAAGAUUUUACGUGAAAAUAGAUUUUUGUUCCCAAAGAAGAGAAAUGGUUUUGUUCUUGACCACCAACAUGGCCGCCGUCAAGUCACGUGCAAACCAGCAAUAGCGGUGCUGACCAAAAUAUGUCUUGCAUUAACUUUGCGUCAUAAUAAAUGGAAUUCAUUUCAGUACAAGUCAAAGGGGGGGGGAGUAUAUCAGGGGUGUGCAGCUUUCUGUGCAUGCGGGGGUUCCGAGUUCGUUUCGCGAGUGUGACCUCAAAUCCCUGUUACGGCUUACUUCCUUUCUUUGUAGCCUUAAAUAUUUAAGGUACCGUAGAAUGGAGUAAUGAUGUAGAACGAGGGUAAAAUGAGGAAACUGUUGGCCUCAGGUUAUCAGCUCCAGAACUGUUUCGAAUUACCAACGUAAAUAAGGAUCUUUACCUUAGCUCCGACAUUGGGUACUUUCCCCUAAUUUUCCUUAAAAAUAAAUAUAUAAAUGAAUAAAUAAAUGCACUUUAUUUGAGUGUCAAAGUAUUUAGCGCGAAAGUACUAAUUUAGGGCACUAUUUUUACGUCUCCUACUUGAGACGGAACCGCCAGUUUACGUGGUGAUCCGAGCCACGCGAAGGUCUAGCCGUUUGCACGCAUUGCAAAGGUAAUACCUUGGUCCGGCUCCGGGAAUCGAACCCACGACCUCCCGCUCUACAGUCAAGCGCUUUACUGACUGGGCUACUCCUGCCUCAUUUUCCCCUGCGCAACUCCAGUCUCUACGAAGCUACUAGCUUUAAUGGUUUGCCCAAGUUAUUCUAAAUGUUCUCAACAGACCUAUACUGGAUAUUCCUCAGUCGGCUAAUGUUUAUCCGUCGAUUCUUUUACUCAGCAGAAAUUUUCAGAUCAACUUCCUCAGCUUCUGAAUCAGCAAAAUAUUCUCAAAAGUUCAAGUAAACAGGUAGGAACGAUUUUGUGUCUGUUCUUAAUAUAA